GAAGCCCUCGUGCACUCUGCCUCUGCAGCGCCAAGAACUCACCUCCAUUCUCUCAGAUCACAGAGCUUCACCAGUUUAAUGGAGGGCGGACUGUGGCUGCUCACCUGCCUCGUCCUGGGCUGCAGGAGACUCGCAGCUUUCAACCUGGACACCGACAAUGUGCUGCGGAAGGACGGGGACCCGGGGAGCCUGUUCGGCUUCUCUCUCGCCAUGCACCGGCAGCUGAGUCCGGUGGAUAAGACCAUGCUGCUGGUUGGAGCCCCACGGGCAGCAGCCUUAAGCAACCAAAAAUCCAAAGUGACUGGAGGGCUCUACAGCUGUGACAUGGCAUCAUCUUCCAAGAGUUGCACAAGAAUCAUUUUUGACAACGACGAGGAUGUCAAAAAAGAAAGCAAGGAAAACCAGUGGAUGGGUGUGAGCGUCAGCAGCCAAGGACCAGGUGGCAAGAUUGUGACUUGUGCUCAUCGCUACCAGCGAAGAAACAACGUUAGAACAAACCUGGAGUCCCGUGACAUCAUUGGUCGUUGCUACGUGCUCAGUCAGGACUUAAGUAUUCGUGCCGAUUCAAACGAAGAUGGGGGUAGCUGGCAUUUUUGUGACAGCAGGCUCAGAGGUCACGAAAUGUUCGGCUCCUGCCAGCAGGGUCUCUCAGCUACGUUUGAUGACGACUACCACUACUUCAUUUUCGGGGCUCCUGGAGCUUACAAUUGGAAAGGUAUUGUUCGCUUGGAGCAAAAGAACUUCAGUCUUGUAGAAAUGGGCAUCUUUGAUGAUGGGCCGUAUGAGUUAGGAGAUGAGAAACAGAAGAACCCUAACCUGGUUCCUGCUCCUGCCAACAGCUAUCUCGGGUUCUCGUUGGACUCAGGGAGAAGCUUGACAAAUAAAGGCCAGCUGACGGUUGUCGCUGGAGCUCCCAGAGCAAAUCACAGUGGAGCUGUGGUGCUGCUGAAAAAAGGCCUAACCACGAGCAACAUACUUUUAGAGGAGUACACUCUAGAAGGAGAGGGACUGGCCUCAUCUUUUGGCUAUGAUCUUGCUGUACUGGAUCUCAACAAGGAUGGUUGGGAGGACAUAGUGGUUGGAGCGCCUCAGUUCUUUGUGAAGGAUGGGGAAAUUGGAGGAGCCAUCUACAUCUACAUCAACAAAAAUGGCAAUUGGGACCAAGUCACUCCCACCAGAAUAAAUGGACCUAAGGACUCUAUGUUUGGUUUGGCCGUGGAAAACCUGGGAGACAUCAAUCAGGAUGGUUACCAUGACUUUGCAGUGGGUGCUCCUUAUAAAGAUAAUGGUGUUGGACAAGUUUACAUUUACUGCGGUUCGGCCACCGGAAUAAUCUCUGAAAAGGACCCACAGGUGCUCUCCGGACAGCCUUUAGGAGUUAAGCUGUUUGGAUACUCUUUAGCAGGCAACAUGGACCUGGAUAAGAACACUUAUCCAGAUCUAGCUGUUGGAUCUCUCUCCGAUUCUGUCUUUGUGUACAGAGCCCGACCUGUUGUUAACAUCAAAAAGGAAGUCACAUUCUCACCAAAUCAAAUAAACCUUGCAGACAAGAGUUGUGGCAAAGCUUUCUGCAUGGAUGUCACAGCAUGCUUCACCUACACUGCCAACCCAAAGAGCUAUGCCCCCACACUCACCGUUGCGUACACUCUUGAGGCAGAUGCUGACCUCAGGAAGAAAGGCCUUAAACCCAGAGCAAUUUUCACAGAGUCCUCUGAGCUUGACGGCAACGCUCAGUCCACGGGUACCAUCACCAUGGACAAGCAAGGAAAGGAACAGUGUGUUACCCGGAAACUCGCUAUCCAGGAAAAUAUUCGAGAUAAACUACAAGGGAUUCCUGUGGAUGUGUCUGUGAGCAUCCAGGACGCUAAACGCAGAAGACGGCAGAGCUCCACUGCUAAGCUGACACCUGUGCUGGAUGAAAUCAAACCAACUCGAGCAACGGUAGAGUUCCUAAAAGAGGGCUGUGGUCAGGACAAUGAAUGUGAGAGUAACCUGAAGAUGAACUAUCGCUUUGGCCUCAGGACAACUACUGAAGAUGAUUUCACUGAAUUAAAUCAGGAGGACGGACUUCCUGUGAUCUCGUUAAGCAAUCAAAAGGACAUCGCUCUGGAAGUGACAGUGACCAAUCAAAAGGGAGACGACGCGCACGAGGCCUCCUUGACCGCCAUCUUUCCCAGCUCUCUGACAUACUCAACUUAUCGAGUUUCCUCUCAAGAAAGUCCUGUCACUUGUGUAUCCAAUAAGGAGGGUUCUCGGGCUGACUGUGAAUUGGGGAACCCCUUUAUGCGUGACGCAGAGACAAAAUUCUACAUUUUUUUCAGCACAGCAGGCAUCUCUUUUAACAUAUCUGAAGUGGAGAUUACACUCAUGCUAAAUACGACAAGUAAACAGUCAAAGUCAACUGUCAAAGCAAGGGCAAAGGUGGCUAUCAUGCUGCAACUGUCUUUAUUGGGCCAAGUCAAUCCAUCUCAGGUCCACUAUACAGGAGAAAUUAAAGGUGAAACGGCCAUGAUCACUGAGAGCGACAUUGGCAGCGGCAUCACACAUCAGUUCAGAGUAAUCAACCUGGGAAAACGCCUAACUGAUUUUGGCACUGCCACGCUUGAGAUUGACUGGCCAAAGGAAACAGAGCAGGGGAAGUGGUUACUGUACCUGAUGAAUAUCAACUCCAUGGGAGUGGAUCAGAUAAAGUGCACUCCCUCAGCAGAGAUCAACCCUCUUAAUAAAAAACCAGAUACAGCAAGGUCGAGAAGAGCAGCAGAAAGCACCAAAGUCGACGUCAAAGGCACCAUUUCCCGUUUAAUAGACACCAAGAAAGAAAUAACUCUGUCCUGUAAUAAUGGGGCAAAAUGUGUGAAGAUAAAGUGCCCUCUGGGGGGGCUGGACGGCAAUGCAGUCAUCACUUUCAGCUCACGUCUUUGGAACACUACUUUCUUGGAGGAUUACUCAGACUUUCAUCAUGUGGAGGUCAUGGUAACGGCCCACCUGCGUGUAGACAGCACAACCAAGAACACGGUGCUGCAGAAUGCUGUAACACAGGUGCAACUGACUGCUUUUCCUGAGAGGCGUGCAGCCCUCUCAGCUUUUGGUGGAGUGCCGUGGUGGAUCAUCGUGCUGUCCGUCCUGUUCGGCCUGCUGCUAUUGGCUUUGCUGGCUUUCCUUCUUUGGAAGUCUGGACUCUUUGGGGGAAAGAACACUAAGGACCCAUCAGAAAAAGAGAAGCUGACUUCAAAUGCAUAGAAAAAGACAGAGGUGUGGCUUUUUUGAACGUGCCAAAUAUGAAGACAAGGUCCCCAGUUAUAAUGCUGUUCGGAUCACACGAGAGGAGAGAGGGAGGAGCCCUGGAAACGCUGACUGGGGAAACCUGGAAAAGAAGCCAUGGAUGACAACCUGGCAUGACAACCGACACUAUUCUUAACAGCCAAUGGAAUCUGACUGCCUGUAGUUACUUUCGCUAAUUGAUGAACCACCUCCUUUUUUCUCUCUCUUUUUUUUAACUUUCCAGCACUUGCACAAUGAGAACAAAUUUGCUAAAAAAAAAAACUAUUACUACAAACUACAUGACCUUCGUCUAAAGGGGAUGUGGGGAAGACACUCCUGCUAAACUAUCUCUAGAGUGGCUUGGCAGGUUUUGUACAUUUGAUGGUUCUGAAUUGUUUGUAUUUAUUCUUGUAAGGAAUAUUUUUGUUACUUGCCCUUAAAAAGGCCAAAGACAUGAAAUGUAUACACUGGUGAUUUCUCUGAAAUGUUAGUUUUUCCCACUGUUUUUUUAUUUUUAAUGUGCCUCAUCUGUGGUAAUCUCUGCACUUUGUGCCUCAGAUUGUAUGUCGUCAUCUACAGGUCAUUGACUUAUGUUGUAAAUAUUCCACAAAGCAAAAGUCCUUGUUUGAUCUCAAUUAUAAAGUGUUUCCUGUUUUUUUUUUUU